CGAGCGCCGCCGGAAGUUGCCGAACGCCGCCGGAAGUUGCCGAGCGGCCGUGGCCGAUCCCGUCCCCUCAGCGCCGCCGCCGCCGCCCGCUCCGCCCUCCCUUCCGGGGGGGGCCCAGGCCGGCUCCCCCCGCCCGGUUCCGGUUCCGGUCCCGGUUCCGGUUCCGGUCCCGGCAGGAUGAUCAAGCUGUUCUCGCUGAAGCAGCAGAAGAAGGAGGAGGAAUCCGCAGGAGGCACCAAAGGCAGCAGCAAAAAGGCCUCAGCCGCACAGCUCCGGAUACAGAAAGACAUCAACGAGCUGAACCUGCCCAAGACUUGUGAGAUUGACUUCUCCGACCAGGACGAUCUCCUCCAUUUCCGGCUCCUCAUCUGCCCCGACGAGGGCUUCUACAAGGGAGGGAAGUUUGUCUUCAGCUUUAAGGUUGGCCAGGGCUACCCCCACGACCCCCCCAAGGUCAAGUGUGAGACCAUGGUUUAUCACCCCAACAUCGACCUGGAGGGCAACGUCUGCCUCAACAUCCUCAGAGAGGACUGGAAGCCGGUGCUGACGAUAAACUCCAUCAUCUACGGGCUGCAGUACCUCUUCCUGGAGCCGAACCCCGAGGACCCCCUGAACAAGGAGGCCGCUGAGGUCCUGCAGAGCAACCGCCGCCUGUUCGAGCAGAACGUGCAGCGCUCCCUGCGCGGCGGAUACGUGGGGGCCACCUACUUCGAGCGCUGCCUCAAGUAGCCCCGCCCCCUCCCCAAACCCCGCCCCCUUCCCCUCAAAC